AAGGAAGUUUUUUUUAAAGACUUUUGCGGUAUAGUCAAGGAGAGAUGCAUUUGAAACUGAGAAGAAACAGAGAUUUUAUUUUACAGAGAAGAGAGAACGGUCAAAUAUUACCGGUGGCGCCGGUCAAUAGUUGAUAAACUCCUCUCCGUCCUUCCCUCUCUCUAAAUUCCCCAUCUUUCUCUCUUUCUCUUUCUUAGCUCUCUCUAUAUUUCUUGCUGGGUCGUAAGAUAUUUUUUUCUCUCGACUGAUCUUUGGCCUUUGAUAGUAAUCAUUCGCAAAACUUGAAUUUGGUUGAAGGGUCUGCUGUUUCCAAUUUUGGGUUCCGUUUUCAAGUUUGGCGGAGAUAAAUAUGGCACAACGUUCUCAUGUACCAAAAUUUGGCAAUUGGGAAAGUGAAGGAAGUGUUCCUUACACGGCCUACUUUGAUAAGGCCCGGAAGGGUCGAACUGGACAAAAGAUGAUAAAUCCUAAUGACCCAGAAGAGAACCCAGACGUACUUUCUGAUCAUGCUCCUCCAGCUCGAUAUCAUGCUUCUAAAGACAAACCUGAGGAGGAAUCAGUGGGACGGGUAGGAGCUAAACAAAUGCAAGAGCGCCAAAAGAGCAAGGAAGAUGGUGAGCUCAAGUUUUUUGGUGAGUCUCCAGCACGUCUGGAUAAUGCAAACCGCAGAGCAGCUGCAGGAGGACGAGGAACGAGUUCUGGUGAAGCCCAUAAAAGAAAUGCAAGAGCAAGUGCUGGAUCUGAAAACAGCUUUGAGCGAUCGCCACUCCACCACAGUCGAGGGUCACAGAGGGGAGGUGGGGUUUCAUCCCCUUCAUGGGAAGGAAGGGGUUCACAGGAAAACAGCCAUGGCACUCCUGGAAGAUCUCGACUCAGACCCAAGGGCGAUAACAGUCCUGAUAAAGGUGCUGCUGUUCCAAAAUUUGGUGAGUGGGAUGAAAGUAACCCUGCAUCAGCUGAUGGUUAUACACAUAUUUUCAACAAAGUGCGGGAGGAGAGAAAUUCUGGGGGAAGGGUACCAGGCAUGCCAAAUGAAUCACCUUACUCACACGCCCGGCAGCCUCCUCAAACUGAUGGUGUCAAGAGUUGCUGCUUUUUUUGGGGCAGAAAAUGAGGUCUUCGGUUUUGUGCAUUAUUAUAAAAGCGAGUGCAAUAUGUAAAUACCUCAAAUGACUCUCCCAUCUCAAGGCAAGAGUAACUAGUUCAAAGCCCUUUUGAUUAUCAACCACUUGUGCCUUUUGUCAUGACAAUAACUGUCCUUCAUAUUAUUUAUCUUCUUUUGCUCUUGUAUGUUUUCUUUCUCACAUUUCUUUGCAAUCUCUAGUAUACAAUGUAUUUUGUAUUUGGCUGGAAAAUAUGAGAGAUAUGGAUCUGUUUAUUCUAUUCUUACACAUCUGGUGUUCAUUGCUGCU